AUGGAGUCGACAAACACACGCUUCGACUUACCGGGUUACUCUAUCCCCUUGAACUACAUAGAUGCUGAUGAUAUGUUCCCUAAUGCACUGGGGAACUACAGCACGGAACGCCUGAAUACCCACCGGGAGAUCUUGAUGAUGCGAGCACUCAACUCCAUCACUGACAAAUCGGACUGGGAGAAAAAGGUCUUUGAUGAAGAAAUCACCACCAAAUGGCGCAAGGAAAUCAUGGACACCGGAGAUGAUAUCACUCCGACCAUGAUGGACUGGAUUAUCAAGGAGGCGCAGUGGAAAGCCGAGGUCUUCCGUGAUACCAAGCGUGUCGUUGCAUUCGACGCUGGCGUGGUCAAAUCCGAUACAGCCAUUACGGAAGACUUGCGACAGGCGCUGAAAGAGGCGGUUCGGCCCCUGGAGGAUGUGCCGGAGGAGCUCAAAGACUACCACCCCGGAUCGGAUGGCAAGGUGGUCGACCUGGUCCAUCCAUCUCUGUUUCCGGUCGUCUACGGCCGGACUCGCGUUCUCCAUAGGAAACUGAUUGGACUCGAAGACUUGGAGAACAGCAUCGGGGAGGGCAAGGUCCUUGCGGUUCCCACAGAAGAAGAGACCACUACUGUGGAUGAUGACUACGACGACGACGACGACGACGACGACGACGACAAAUGGUCAAGCAGGAACAUCACUCACCAACCCUACAGUCGCAAAUUCCAAUGGCUUCCAUGUGACGUGCAUUUCACUGACACUAGCGAGUGUCGCAUUGCGUCGUAUAUUAAUAACCUGCAUCCGAAACAGCAUGGGCCGCUAUACCAAGUCAUCGAGAAGAUCCUGGCUCAGACCAUCCCUCUAUGGAAUAUGACCUUAACCCUUGUGCAGGAUCAUUACAGCAGAAUCCCCUACAAGAAGAUUCAAUAUGACGAGCACCCUGAAGCGGAGCCCCAGGCGGCAAACGAGGAGGAGGAGUGGAGUGAAGAAUAUAAUGAACGAUGGGAGAGAUGGCGUCAACGAGAGCCCAUCCGACGCCCAGAACCGCGCAAGUUUAUUCCCCAUGUAAUCAGGGCUAAGAGACAGGUCAAUCUGUGCGAGGAUUUUGCCCGGAACGGAUUGCAGGUAAUCGUCAAGCUGGCGAAUAUCGAGCUAACCCCGGACAAGCCCGAGUACAACGGCGGAUCGUGGCAUAUUGAGGGACAGCUGAAUGAGCACAUCUGCGCUACGGCCAUCUAUUACUACGAGAGCGAGAACAUCACUGAAAACAGGCUGGCGUUUCGGCAACGAGCGUCUAGAAGGACCAUUUCGGACAUGCCCUAUGAGCAAUCACGACAUGAAUUUCUCCAGGCGAUCUUUGGCUUAGAUUAUAAGUCAGCUUACACUAAGAGCAACAUCACCCAGGUUCUGGGCAGUGUCGACACUCGUCAAGGACGCUUGCUCACCUUCCCGAAUAGUCUCCAGCACCGGGUAUCGCCGUUUACGCUAGCGGAUCGGACCAAGCCGGGCCAUCGCAAGAUCUUGGCUUUCUUCCUUGUAGACCCUCAUCUCUCAAUUAUUUCUUCGGGGAAUGUGCCACCUCAACAAGAGAGCUGGUGGAAGGAACGGCAGGAGGUUGUUGGCAAGUUGCUGAACGAGAGGCUCCCAGUUGAGCUGCAGAAUAUGGUCAAGAAGGACAUCGACGCUACUCCCAUAACCAUGGAGGAGGCGAGGCAGUACCGCCAGGAGCUGAUGAAGGAGCGCUCCAGCAAGUCGAAGGCACAGAACCGGGAAUUUGAGACGGGGAGCUUUAACUUGUGUCAACAUUAG